UUACUCCUCAAAAAAAUAAAUUAAAAAAGAAUAAUAAUCCCUAUCUCUUCAGUCUUCAUCAUACAACAUGUUUUCUCUCAUGAAAUCCACAUGCAUCGCCAGCAUCCAACCUAUAAUUAAUUAACUAAUCUCUCCCUUAAUCACACCAAACUCCAAUCUUCCUUAAUCAAAACCUCUCAUAAAUCAAAGCACUCCACAAAUCUACAAUCUCACACCAAUCAAAUUAACUUAAACACCUUAGUUAAUCCCCCUCUAAACAAUGUCGCUAAUCGCGGAGGCGCCGCGCUUCCUCCAAGUCUUCUCCGACGGCUCCGUCGUCCGCGCCGCCCACCAAACCGCCGCGUGCUCCGCCACCUCCAAGGACGUCACCGUCGACCCCUCGAAGCCCAUCACCGCCCGAAUCUUCCUCCCCGCCGCCCCCUCCGCCUCCACGCCGCCGCUCCCAGUGCUCGUCUACUUCCACGGCGGCGGCUUCUGCAUCGGCACCACCACGUGGCUCGGCUACCACCACUUCCUCGAGAACCUCUCCGCCGCCGCCGGAGCCAUCGUCCUCUCCGUCGACUACCGCCUCGCCCCCGAGAACAAGCUCCCGGCGGCCUACGACGACGGCUCCGCCGCCCUCGAGUGGCUCUCCGGCGCCGGCGCCGGCGAGCCGUGGCUCCGGAACGCCGACCUCUCCCGCGUCUUCCUCGCCGGCGACAGCGCCGGCGGCAACAUCGCCCACCACCUCGCUGUGAAUUUCGCCGGCGGCGGAAAUUUCCCGGCGAACAUUCCGAUCAGGGGGAUUCUGCCGAUCCACCCGUAUUUCGGCGCCGAGGCGCCGACGGAGGGGGAGCGGGCGGCGGGCGCCAUGAACGACAUGUUCUGGAAGCUGAGCCUGCCGGAGGGGGCGGACCGGGAUUCCUACGGCUGCAAUUUCGAGAGCGCGGAGGCGGAGUGGGGGCUGUUUCCGGCGACGGCGGUGUUCGUCGCCGGGCUGGAUUUCUUGAGAGAGAGGGGAGUUAUGUAUGCGGAUUUCUUGAAGAAGAAAGGCGUGAAAAACGUGCGUUUAAUUGAGGCUGAGGGAGAAAACCACGUUUUUCAUGCAUGGAAUCCUAACUCCGAGGCUGCUGUUUUGCUCCAAAACCAGAUCAAGGAAUUCAUGCAGAGUUUGUGAUUUGUUUUUUUUCAUUAAUGGAUGUAAGUCAUGUCCGAAGUUGAAAUAAAAUGAUAUGCAAAGUUGUUUUUAUUAAAGAA